ACCGCACUCACAAGGGAUUCCAAAAGGGCCAUUCGGGUACCCCUGUCUGGGUUGGCAAAGAGCUUAAUCACGGGAAUCCUAGUUACACUCACGUAAAGUGGAUUCCGCGUCGACCUCAGCCAAUUUGGCUAGUUCAAAUAUCAAAGGGACAACAGUUGCAGCGCUGGCGCCUCCCCUCUCGAGGCUCAAGGUCAGAGAGGGGAUUAAACGGUUGA